CGGGCGCCGCCAUUUUGUUUGGCUGGAGGGGAGCGAGCGGCGCUUUGGGGGGAGGGGUCUCCUAGGCGCCUCACCUGACCCCGCGGCCGCGCUGUUGCUUCUCGCGGGGGAGGCCUUCUCCCGGCUAGGGGCGCGGAACCAUGUACAUAAAGCAGGUUAUUAUCCAGGGUUUUCGAAGUUACAGAGAUCAAACAAUUGUAGACCCCUUCAGUUCAAAACAUAAUGUUAUUGUGGGCAGAAAUGGAUCUGGAAAAAGUAACUUCUUUUAUGCAAUUCAGUUUGUUCUCAGUGAUGAAUUUAGUCAUCUUCGUCCAGAACAGCGAUUAGCUUUGUUGCAUGAGGGUACUGGUCCUCGUGUUAUUUCUGCUUUUGUGGAGAUUAUUUUUGACAAUUCAGACAACCGGUUGCCAAUUGAUAAAGAAGAAGUUUCACUUCGAAGAGUUAUUGGUGCCAAAAAGGAUCAGUAUUUCUUAGACAAGAAAAUGGUCACGAAAAAUGAUGUGAUGAAUCUCCUUGAAAGUGCUGGUUUUUCUCGAAGCAAUCCUUAUUAUAUUGUUAAACAAGGAAAGAUCAACCAGAUGGCAACAGCACCAGAUUCUCAGAGACUAAAACUAUUGAGAGAAGUAGCUGGUACUAGAGUAUAUGAUGAACGAAAGGAAGAAAGCAUCUCUUUAAUGAAGGAAACAGAGGGCAAACGGGAAAAAAUCAAUGAGUUGUUAAAAUACAUUGAAGAGAGAUUACAUACCUUAGAGGAAGAAAAGGAAGAACUAGCUCAGUAUCAGAAGUGGGAUAAAAUGAGACGAGCCCUGGAAUAUACCAUUUACAAUCAGGAACUUAACGAGACUCGUGCUAAACUUGAUGAGCUUUCUGCUAAGCGAGAGACUAGUGGAGAAAAAUCCAGACAAUUAAGAGAUGCCCAGCAGGAUGCAAGAGAUAAAAUGGAGGAUAUUGAGCGUCAAGUUAGAGAACUGAAAACUAAAAUUUCAGCUAUGAAAGAAGAAAAGGAGCAGCUGAGUGCUGAAAGACAAGAACAAAUUAAGCAGAGGACUAAGUUAGAGCUUAAAGCCAAGGAUUUACAAGAUGAAUUGGCAGGCAAUAGUGAACAGAGGAAACGCUUAUUAAAAGAAAGGCAGAAGCUGCUUGAAAAAAUAGAAGAAAAGCAGAAAGAACUGGCAGAAACAGAACCUAAGUUCAACAGUGUAAAAGAAAAAGAAGAGCGAGGAAUUGCUAGAUUGGCCCAAGCUACCCAGGAAAGAACAGACCUUUAUGCAAAACAGGGUCGAGGAAGCCAGUUUACAUCAAAAGAAGAAAGGGAUAAGUGGAUUAAAAAGGAACUCAAAUCUUUAGAUCAGGCUAUUAAUGACAAGAAGAGACAGAUUGCUGCUAUACAUAAGGAUUUGGAGGACACUGAGGCAAAUAAAGAGAAAAAUCUGGAGCAGUAUAAUAAACUGGAUCAGGAUCUUAAUGAAGUCAAAGCUCGAGUAGAAGAACUGGACAGAAAAUACUAUGAAGUAAAAAAUAAGAAAGAUGAAUUACAGAGUGAGAGAAACUACUUGUGGAGAGAGGAGAAUGCAGAACAGCAAGCACUUGCUGCUAAGAGAGAAGAUCUUGAAAAGAAACAGCAGCUUCUUAGAGCGGCAACAGGAAAGGCCAUUUUAAAUGGAAUAGACAGCAUAAACAAAGUGCUAGACCACUUUCGUCGAAAAGGAAUAAACCAGCAUGUUCAAAAUGGCUAUCAUGGUAUUGUGAUGAAUAACUUUGAAUGUGAGCCUGCUUUCUACACAUGUGUGGAAGUCACUGCUGGGAACAGGUUAUUUUAUCACAUUGUUGAUUCAGAUGAAGUCAGCACGAAGAUUUUGAUGGAGUUUAAUAAAAUGAACCUUCCUGGAGAGGUUACUUUUCUGCCUCUUAACAAGUUAGAUGUAAGGGACACUGCCUAUCCUGAAACCAAUGAUGCUAUUCCUAUGAUAAGUAAAUUGAGGUACAAUCCCAGGUUUGACAAAGCUUUCAAACAUGUGUUUGGAAAAACACUUAUUUGUCGUAGUAUGGAAGUUUCAACCCAGCUGGCCCGUGCUUUCACUAUGGACUGCAUUACUCUGGAAGGUGACCAAGUUAGUCAUCGUGGUGCUUUAACUGGAGGUUAUUAUGACACAAGAAAGUCUAGACUUGAAUUACAGAAAGAUGUUAGAAAAGCAGAAGAAGAACUUGGUGAGCUUGAAGCAAAGCUCAAUGAAAACCUGCGCAGAAACAUUGAAAGGAUUAAUAAUGAAAUUGAUCAGCUAAUGAACCAAAUGCAACAGAUUGAGACCCAGCAAAGGAAAUUUAAAGCAUCUCGAGAUAGCAUAUUAUCAGAAAUGAAGAUGCUAAAAGAGAAGAGGCAGCAGUCAGAGAAAACUUUUAUGCCAAAGCAACGUAGCUUACAAAGUUUGGAGGCAAGUUUGCAUGCUAUGGAGUCCACCAGAGAAUCAUUGAAAGCAGAACUGGGAACUGAUUUGCUUUCUCAACUUAGUCUGGAAGAUCAGAAGAGAGUUGAUGCACUGAAUGAUGAAAUUCGUCAACUUCAGCAGGAAAACAGACAGCUGCUGAAUGAAAGAAUUAAAUUAGAAGGUAUUAUUACUCGAGUAGAGACUUACCUCAAUGAGAAUUUGAGAAAGCGCUUGGACCAAGUAGAACAGGAACUCAAUGAACUGAGAGAGACUGAAGGGGGUACUGUUCUCACUGCUACAACUUCAGAACUUGAAGCCAUCAAUAAAAGAGUGAAAGAUACCAUGGCACGAUCAGAAGAUUUGGACAAUUCCAUUGAUAAAACAGAAGCUGGAAUUAAGGAGUUGCAGAAGAGUAUGGAACGCUGGAAAAAUAUGGAAAAAGAACACAUGGAUGCUAUAAAUCAUGAUACUAAAGAACUAGAAAAGAUGACAAAUCGACAAGGCAUGUUACUAAAGAAGAAAGAAGAGUGUAUGAAGAAAAUUCGAGAACUUGGGUCACUUCCCCAGGAAGCAUUUGAAAAAUACCAGACACUGAGCCUCAAACAGUUGUUUCGAAAACUUGAACAAUGCAACACAGAACUGAAGAAAUACAGUCAUGUUAAUAAAAAAGCUUUAGAUCAGUUUGUAAAUUUCUCUGAGCAGAAAGAAAAGUUAAUAAAGCGACAGGAAGAGUUGGAUAGGGGGUACAAAUCAAUCAUGGAACUGAUGAAUGUCCUUGAACUUCGAAAAUAUGAAGCUAUUCAGCUAACUUUCAAACAGGUAUCCAAAAACUUCAGUGAAGUAUUCCAGAAGUUGGUACCCGGUGGCAAAGCUACUUUGGUGAUGAAGAAAGGAGAUGUGGAGGGCAGUCAGUCUCAGGAUGAAGGAGAAGGGAGUGGUGAAAGUGAGAGGGGCUCUGGGUCACAAAGCAGUGUUCCGUCAGUUGACCAGUUCACUGGAGUUGGAAUUAGGGUGUCAUUUACAGGAAAACAAGGUGAAAUGAGAGAAAUGCAGCAGCUUUCCGGUGGACAGAAAUCUUUGGUAGCUCUUGCUCUGAUUUUCGCCAUUCAGAAAUGUGACCCAGCUCCUUUUUACUUGUUUGAUGAGAUUGACCAGGCUCUGGAUGCUCAGCACAGAAAGGCUGUGUCAGAUAUGAUUAUGGAACUUGCUGUACAUGCUCAGUUUAUUACAACUACUUUUAGGCCUGAACUGCUUGAGUCGGCUGACAAAUUCUAUGGCGUAAAAUUCAGAAAUAAGGUUAGUCAUAUUGAUGUGAUCACAGCAGAGAUGGCCAAAGACUUUGUAGAAGAUGAUACCACUCAUGGUUAAUUGGAAAAUAUUGCCCACUGGUUUGGAAGAUGUGUAUAGUAAUAUGACUCUCAUACCCAGGAACUGUAAAUUUAAGCCUAAAUGUUGGUCAUUAUUAGUAGUUUUCAGUCUUAGAGCAUACAUAGUUUCCUUUUAUAUUUCUGUCAUUGUAUUUUAUAAGAUACUCUGUAAUGUUACAUUUCUACUUACAGUUCAAGAAUUUUAUUUCCCACACAACUUUUUGUAAAGUGUCCUCCUAUUUUAAAUCUUUUAAAACAUGCUAAAAAUUCUUUCCUAAUUAUUUUAUCAGUUAUAUUGCCUCUUUUUUAUAGCUUGAAUUAAAUAAUUGGUUUUAUGGCUAAUUUUGUGUUUUAUGUGGCUUUUUAUUUAUAGCUGUAUGAUUAGAAACAAAUUUUUCUUAAAUAUUUUUUAUUUUGGGUAUUUACCUAAAAUACCUUCACCCAGAAGAUUUUUAGAAUAUAGUUUACUAUUCUGUUGAAUUACAUCAGUAAUUCCCAAUCCUGGCUACAUGUGUAAAUCCAUGGAGAAGCUUUUAAAACGUUAACAUUGCUGGAGUAUUUCCCUACAUCACUUGAAUCAAAAUCUUUUAAGGGAUGGGUCACUGUUGAUUUCAAAGUUCCCCAAGGUGAUUCUGACCCUCAGUGAGGGUUAGAACCCCUACUUUAACUCAGUGUAACUGUCCUUUAAAAAUUAUUUUUAAUUUAAGAUGGCAGUUUGUUUAAUAGACGUUGGAAAGAAUGUCUUUAAAACUGAGCCAUAAAAUUUCUUUGUUUUUCUGCAUAAGUAGUUUGGAAAACCUUGUUAUUGAAACAUUGGUCUUUUCCCCAGUUAAGAGCUUUGUUGUUUUUUUAUUGUGCUUUUUAAAUUGCUUUAUUGAGAUGAUUCACACACCAUAAAGUUCACCCAUUAAAA